AUGGAUAUUGAAUCAGGUGUUUAUGAAACAUCAGAUAUCGAAAGUGAGCCAGAUAUCCAUGUUCCUACUGCUAGUGAUAACCCUGAUAUAAUUGAGGAAGAAAUUAAUACUGGCGAAGCAUUUAAAAGAUUUGAUAAUCAAUUCGUCCAGGGGAAAAUUAAUUUCAAUUAUUCUGUUGAUAGAUCACUUAGCGAUAGUGGUUUUAAAACACAAUUUAAGGAAACAAAACAGAACAAAUUGAACAGAAUCUUGAGAGAAUUGCAUGAAUUGGAUACCGAAGAUGAGGAUGAAGAAGUUGACAAAUUAAUCAAAUUAGCAGAAGAUUUGAAAUUGAAGAAAAAGAACGAUUUGAGUGGAUUUAAGGAAAGAAUAAUGAAAAUAUUUGAAGGCUUGGAAACCAUUAGUCACGAAAAUAUAGAAGCAGAAAAAUUAACUGAUAUAGAUGAAGUUCUCGAGCUAGAUAAGAAAAUCAGUAAACUUGAAGGGAAGUUAGGAGACAUCAAUGCCACCAAAUCAAUCGAUCAGAUGCUCAAUGAGUUAAAUAGGAAAGUCGAUAUCAUACAUAAUCCAGAGUACAAAAUUGACCAAGUUAAUGAAUCAAUCAAAGAAAUCCUUGAAAAGACUGAGUUCAUUAACAAUUAUAAUGAAGUCAAUGAAGGCUCUUUAGAAUUAUUCAAAAAUGACAAAAUCAAUGAGCUUUUGACAUUUCUACCUAAUCUCCAGUCUUUUGAAAAGUCAAGUGGUUUAUUGAUACAAAGAUUAAAGUAUUUGAGUGAAAUUCAUUUGAAAAUAGGUAGUUCUGUUGAAUUUAUUGAUAAUUUAGACCAAAGUUUGAAUAAUAUGGAUAAUGAAAUCAACCAGUGGAAUGAAUCAUUGAACAAUAUCAACAACAAAUUGGAUUCUUACCAAGAAAUGUUCGAAAAGAAUAAAAAAGAUAUAGAUAAUUGGAUUAACCAAUUGAAAGAAUCACGUGACUAA